GAGCCAAUAUCUUUCUCUUGUUCUCUUUCAAUAGCAUUCUUGAGUAGAUGGUUCGGUGGAAUACUUCACAAAUAUUGCUUGUCUGUUCUGUUCUAUUCUUGGCUUAUGUUACCAAUCCUAGUGAGAGUUCCUUUUGGACAUAUAUUCGCGAAAAAGUAGGAGUGGAAAGUGUUGGAGAGAAAAGAAAUAUUAGGAAUAUUGCUCAACCUUUGAAAUGGGUCGAUGGAAUUUUGAAAAGCGUCUUUGGCUUGCAUCGUUUGCCUGUUCGAUCGAGGCUAAAAGGUAUCGACCUUCUCAUAGUGACCCUGUUAUUCUACGGAAAUGAACCUGCCUUUAUUGGAGUGUUUGGUAUAUGGAUUCCUCUACCUAGAAUAAUAUCUUUUCUCCGAAAUUUACGUUUUCACGCUUGGAUGUUGAAAGCAACCUUGUUUGAAAGAGUUCAAGCUGCGAACCUGUUAUGGAAUCCUUAUGAGUUGAUUGUUAUGCUUUCUACUGUAUUUUAUCUUUGCUGGUAUCUUAGUCCAGCGUUUAUGAGAAAGCAUUUUACUCUUUCUUGGCAUAAUAUUCGUCAAGGGCGAUUGUGGUGUAUCAUAUUAUGUCAUUUGUCUCAAAAUUCCAUAUUCCAACUAUUUCGCACUCUCAACAGUUAUUAUGUUCUAAUUCCUUUACUGGUUAGGCUCAUAGGUUUGUUUCAUUUCUAUUCUCUUUGUCUAUUUGGCAUGUUGACUGCUUCUGCUACCACACUUACCAUUCACUAUAAGCAGGCAGCAAUAUUCAGUUCAUCAACUCCACAAGGGCUUACUUAUACUCUAUUUUCUGCUGUAUGCAUAUUAUUUCCACAAAAGUUUCGUUUAGGAAUUUUGGGCUUCCCUAUAUCACCUUUCGAAAGUUUUUUGCUACACAUUGUUAUGGAUUUCUUGGAAGGAAUGUUUAACUGGACAUCCAAUGACUUUGCCGCACAAUUAGGUGGAGCUGUAGGAGCUUGGUUAUACACAACAGUUGUGUUGUAAGUAAACUUAUCCAACAUCAUUCACGUUUCUGUUUCGCAGCUGUACGUUUUAA